UUUCGGAGUCGGUCUGACCAUACUACUUCACUUCCUUCCUAUUACUUUCCUCUUCACCACAGAAACCCUUUAAACUUGCGUUUUUUUGUUUUUGAAUACAAGAGCGAUGGCGAGAAACACGAGAGCGAAAUCCUCCUCGUCGGAGCCAUUAUCGGAAGGUUCUGAGGAGGAUCAAGUCAACGAUGAGGAAGACGAGGAGGAACUUGAAGCUGUCGCUAGGUCAGCAGAAGACGACGGUGACGACGAAGCUGUUGUUCUUAGAGAAGACGAUGAUGAUGAUAAUGAGGAAGAUGCUGCAGCUAAUGAGAUCUCCAAGCGUGAAAAGGCAAGAUUAAAAGAUUUGCAGAGGCGUAAGAAGCAAAAGAUACAGGAAAUGUUGGAAGCACAGAAUGCUGCAGUACAAGCUGACAUGAGUAACAAGGGAAAGGGGCGUCUGAAGUAUCUUUUGGAGCAGACAGAAUUGUUUGCACAUUUUGCAAAAGGUGAUCAGUCGACUUCAGCAAAGAAGACAAAAGGAAGGGGUCGUCAUGCUUCAAAGAUAACUGAAGAGGAAGAAGAUGAGGAGUAUCUCAAAGAAGAAGAUGGUGGGAUGUCCGGGAAUACACGGCUAUUGGCACAACCCUCUUGUAUUCAGGGAAAGAUGAGGGAUUAUCAACUUGCUGGUUUGAACUGGAUGAUACGGCUAUAUGAGAAUGGGAUAAAUGGGAUACUUGCUGAUGAAAUGGGUCUUGGUAAGACUUUGCAAACCAUCUCUUUGCUGGGGUACCUGCAUGAAUUUAGAGGGAUUACUGGUCCUCACAUGGUUGUUGCUCCAAAAUCCACGCUAGGCAAUUGGAUGAAUGAAAUCAAACGUUUUUGUCCUAUCAUACGGGCUGUAAAGUUCCUUGGGAACCCUGAAGAAAGGAGAUACAUUCGAGAGGAUUUACUAGUUGCUGGGAAGUUUGAUGUGUGUGUCACAAGUUUUGAGAUGGCUAUCAAAGAGAAGUCUGCUUUACGGCGCUUUAAUUGGCGUUACAUCAUCAUUGAUGAGGCUCAUAGAAUCAAGAAUGAAAAUUCUCUUCUUUCCAAAACCAUGAGGCUCUACAGCACUAAUUAUAGGCUGUUGAUCACAGGGACACCACUUCAGAAUAAUCUUCAUGAACUCUGGGCGCUUCUGAACUUUUUGCUGCCAGAGAUCUUUAGCUCGGCUGAGACCUUUGAUGAGUGGUUUCAAAUAUCUGGUGAGAAUGACCAGCAGGAGGUGGUCCAACAGCUUCAUAAGGUCCUUCGUCCUUUCCUUCUUAGGAGACUGAAGUCUGAUGUUGAGAAAGGUCUGCCUCCAAAGAAGGAAACAAUUCUUAAGGUUGGUAUGUCUCAGAUGCAGAAAAACUACUAUAGGGCUCUGUUGCAGAAAGAUUUUGAGGUUGUUAAUUCUGGAGGAGAGCGCAAGCGUCUUCUUAAUAUAGCAAUGCAGCUACGGAAAUGUUGUAAUCAUCCAUAUCUUUUCCAAGGAGCUGAGCCAGGACCUCCAUAUACAACCGGAGAGCAUCUCAUAGAAAAUGCUGGCAAAAUGGUUCUUCUAGAUAAGUUGCUUCCUAAGCUGAAGGAACGUGGCUCAAGGGUUUUAAUAUUUUCACAGAUGACAAGGCUACUGGACAUCCUUGAAGACUACCUGAUGUACCGAGGUCACCAGUAUUGUCGGAUUGAUGGAAACACUGGUGGAGAAGAUCGUGAUGCUUCAAUUGAAGCAUUUAACAGACCAGGGAGUGAAAAAUUUGCGUUCUUAUUGUCAACCAGAGCAGGUGGUCUUGGUAUCAAUCUUGCUACAGCAGAUAUUGUAAUUCUUUAUGACAGUGACUGGAAUCCACAGGUUGAUUUGCAGGCUCAGGAUCGUGCCCAUAGGAUUGGACAGAAAAAGGAGGUUCAAGUAUUCCGUUUCUGCACUGAGUAUACAAUUGAGGAGAAAGUGAUUGAAAGGGCUUAUAAGAAGCUGGCACUUGAUGCACUGGUUAUCCAGCAGGGUCGACUGGCUGAGCAAAAAGCUGUCAACAAGGAUGAGCUGCUGCAGAUGGUGCGGUUUGGUGCUGAAAUGGUUUUCAGUUCCAAAGAUAGCACUAUUACAGAUGAGGAUAUAGAUAGAAUCAUUGCCAAAGGAGAAGAGGCAACAGCAGAACUUGAUGCCAAAAUGAAGAAGUUUACAGAAGAUGCAAUCAAAUUUAAGAUGGAUGAUAAUGGACUGCUUUUUACAGCUGCUGAUUUGUACGACUUUGAUGACGAGAAGGAUGAAAACAAGGCAGAUUUCAAGAAAAUUGCUGGUGACAAUUGGAUAGAACCUCCAAAAAGGGAGAGAAAGCGCAAUUACUCAGAGUCUGAAUAUUUCAAGCAAACCAUGCGACCAAGUGGUCCUGCAAGACCUAAAGAGCCUAGGAUUCCUAGGAUGCCUCAGCUGCACGACUUUCAGUUCUUUAAUACCCAGAGGCUAAGUGAGCUGUACGAGAAGGAAGUGCGUUUUCUCAUGCAAGCUCACCAGAAAAAUCAAUUAAAAGACAGUAUAGAAGUGGAAGAGCCCGAAGAUGUGGGAGAUCCUUUAACUGCUGAGGAACAGGAAGAAAAAGACAAAUUAUUGGAGGAGGGAUUUUCAACGUGGAGUAGGAGAGACUUCAAUACUUUUAUCAGGGCAUGUGAGAAGUAUGGUCGGAAUGACAUAGAAAGUAUCGCUGCUGAAAUGGAAGGAAAGACAGAGGAGGAGGUUGAAAGAUAUGCAAAAGUUUUCAAAGAAAGAUACAAAGAGCUAAAUGAUUAUGAUAGGAUUAUAAAGAACAUUGAAAGAGGAGAGGCUAGAAUUUCACGAAAAGAUGAAAUAAUGAAAGCAAUCGGUAAGAAGUUGGACCGCUACAAGAAUCCAUGGUUGGAGUUGAAGAUCCAGUAUGGUCAGAACAAAGGAAAAUUGUAUAAUGAGGAGUGUGAUCGUUUCAUGAUAUGUAUGGUUCACAAGCUUGGCUAUGGAAACUGGGAUGAGCUGAAGGCUGCAUUCCGAACGGCACCUUUGUUUCGGUUUGAUUGGUUUGUGAAGUCUCGGACGACUCAAGAACUUGCCAGAAGAUGUGAUACACUUAUUCGUUUGGUAGAGAGGGAAAACCAAGAAUUUGAUGAAAGGGAGAGGCAGGCACGCAAGGAAAAGAAACUUGCAAAGAACAUGACACCAUCAAAACGCACUGUGGCAAGACAGGCAGCCAAAAGCCCUCCCACCUCAAAGAAGCGGAAGCAGUCAUCAAUGGAUGAUUUUGUGAGCUCGGGCAAGAGAAGAAGUGAUGGUUCAACUUAGACAGCCUUUUCUUUUUGUGGUUAGAUCCUCCGUAUUUUUUUUGUUUAACCAGGUUGGUCAUCCGAGACACUAACUGUGCAAUGUCGUGGGCAUUGCAAUUCUGUCAAGUGGUGCAGAGGAAAACCACCCAUGUAUUAAGUACAUUGUACAUAAUCACAAUAGAAUUCUAUUUAGUCUAGUUUUAUUAUUGUGGUGCGACACUAAUAUGUAAUGUAGAUCAACUUACCAAAUCAUGUUUUUGCCAGCUCGCUA